AUGGCUGCUGAGAUUUCAUCGGCUAAAAAGAGGAAACCUUGGGAUUUCAUGACGCUCUUGUCAUCUGCAGCUUGUGAAUGGUUCUUGAUAUUUCUGCUGUUUGUGGAUGUAGCAUUUUCAUAUUUACUUGCAAAAUUUGCUAAUUAUUGUGAACUGAAAACACCAUGUUUGUUAUGUUCGAGGCCUGAUAUUGUCAUCAGGGAUAAGAAACCUAGAGGGUACCAGAGCGUAUUAUGUAGUGACCACAUAGAAGAGAUUUCAUCUCUAGUAUCGUGUUCUGUUCACAGUAAACUUGCUGAUGUUAAUGGGAUGUGUGAAGAAUGUCUAAUGCCAAUUGCCAUGAAGAACAAAUCCAAUUCUGAAUCGCAUAGGUUAUUGGUGGGUAAACUAUUGGUGGAUGUUGAGAGAUCUGUUCUACAGAAUUUAAUGUUGAAUAAGAAUGUACAGCUUGUUUCUUUGGGUCGAAGGACUUGUUCGUGUUGUAACAAGACAUGGAAAGAAAAAUUGAAUGCUGAAAGAUUACACGAACUAACUUCAGUUGGGUUUGGGGCAUCUAAAGCUAAUGUCAAGCCCCCUCUUCCUCGUGUUCCGGGUCGUAGUAGAUUCUGCCGUCGGGAUAGCUUCAAGAGGUUAAGAGAUAAAUAUGCGGGACAAGUGAAAAAUCAGCCUGCCAGGAGCAAGAGUGUUGACACGCUGUCUCAUGUGGGGUAUACAAAGUUGAAUAUUGCUUCUGAUUCUGAUUCUGAUUCGGAGGUCCCUCUCUCUGAUGAUGACAAUGAUGGAAAAUCUAGACUUCGUGGAAGAAAUGAUUAUACUGAGAAUUAUGUACCUAAAACACCAAAUGCAAAUGUGUUAUCAGAAAAGCAGGCACAUCGAGCUUCUGAACCGAUAACUUCACUUCUUGAUCAAUCAGUUCUGUGUGAUGUAAGUGAGCUCAAGAAUACGAUAUCUGUGACAAAAGAUGAGCUUAAUUUGGCCCAUUCUCAUUCAGAGCCUAAUUUAUAUCAAAUGGCAGAGCUGAUAUCAUUGGGUGAUGGAUUCCAACCACCAGCUGUUGGAGUUCCUCUUGAUGCAUCUGUAGAAACAAAUAAAUGCAAUGCUUCUCUCUCUCAUAUGCCUACCCUCUCCGUACCAUCUGAGCUUCAUUCACUGAACAAUGUUCCUUCCUCGACCCAUACUGAAACAAAACAACCAAACAUGACAGAUGUUGCGGGAACCAGUUACGAAGAAAAUGCAGCAGCUGAAACAGAAAGCUCCUCAGAGCAUGUUUUCAUACCAGUGUCUAAUGAUACGAAUCUUACUGAUGCAUCAUCUCCAAAUAAUGAAGGUACGGAGCCAAUUGUUAUCAGCGAUUCUGCUAAAAUUGAAGAGGAUACAGAGUCUCUGCAACAGGUGUCUAGUUCUAACAUGGGUCUAACAUCAAAAACUACGAGUCUGGAAGCUCAUAGUCAACUUGGUGCACUUCCAAAAUGUGAAGAUUCUAGUCCUCGUGCUCUUCCGGUUUCACCCUCGCUGGAGAGACAUGAUUCUGGCUGCGAAUCAUUUGAUGGAGUCAGUGUAGGUGAAAUCAAAGGUGAAAGUGUUGUUGAUCACCUAAAACGACAGGUUUUGUAUGAUAGGAGUUGUAUGAGUGCUUUAUACAAGGAGUUGGAGGAAGAAAGAAAUGCAGCUGCCAUUGCUGCAAAUCAGGCAAUGGCCAUGAUUACAAGAUUGCAAGAGGAAAAGUCUGCACUUCAUAUGGAAGCCUUGCAAUACUUAAGAAUGAUGGAGGAACAAGCAGAGCAUGAUAUGGAAGCACUGGAGAAGGCUAAUGAACUCCUGGCUGAAAAGGAGAAGGAAGUGCAAGAUUUGGAAGCAGAGUUAGAGUUUUGCACAAGUAAUUUCCGAAGUGAUUCAAUGGCUGAGAAUCUGCUUAAAUCGGAGAAAGAAAACUUUAUAGUUGAGAAUCACGCCGAGAGUAGUCCUGCUAAUCCUAGUAAUUCAAAAUCUAUGGAAAUUUUAGAAGGUAGCGGAAAAUCUAAACUUGUGAAUAUUUCGAUAUUAAAUUUCGAGGAUGAAAAACUAUACAUUUUGGAAUGUUUGAAGAAGUUGGAAGAAAAGCUUCAUCAAGCUACCUCCAAUGGGAUAUCAAAUGACAUGCCAGAUUGUGUAUACUCCAAAAAAAUUAUGAAUGAAGUUGAUGAUAUGGGCAACUUAUCUAUUGAUGGGGAGACUCAGUUAGGUGAACAUAUUCAGAAUAAUGGUUUGCCAUUGCAAAAAGUUGUAUCAGGAUCAAAUGGAAGUCCUACACAGGACAUGCCUUCUGAUUUGGUCGAGGACAAUCAUUUUGUUACAGAAAGGGGUGAUACUUUGGAUAGUGAUAGGUGUGAAUUGUCCAUGAAUAGAGGUCGAAUAAACUUGGCUACACUUGAGAAAGGAAUUGCAGACCUUCAUCACCAGUUGGAAGCACUUGAAACCGACUGUGAUUUCCUCAACCAUGCUUUUAAUACGCUCAGAAAUGGGAAGGAUGGAUUACAGUUUAUUCAUGAAAUAGCUAAUCAGCUACAAGAAUUACGAAAAAUUGAGUUAAAAAAGAGAUGCAUAUCAAUUCCUUGA